AAUGUCGUCUUCUAUUAAAAGUCAACUUGGCUCAAUUUCCAACAUUGUUAAAGCGUAUGAAAACUACAAAAAGGCACCAAAAGACCGUUUAGCCAAGGAAUCAUACUUACAAACCAGACUAGAAGCGUUAGAAUUUCAUUUCAAAAUUGUUACUGACAACCACACAAAAUUACUCUCUGAAGCAUCCGAUGAAAUACUCGAUAGCCAUGAAUACUUUACAACCGACAUGUACUCAGAGGUAGAGGAAACGUACAUCAUGUACAAGGCGGACUUAAAGGAAGCUCUAUCCCGCUUCAUGCCGAGUGCAUCGGCUGCUUCGGAACAAACAAACAAACACGUAACUACCAAGGGGGAAACUCAGGUUCACUUGCCAAAAAUUUCCAUACCGGUGUUUUCUGGAUCAUAUUCGGAAUGGAUACCGUUUAGAGAUUUAUUCACAUCGUUGAUUCAUAACAACGAGUCAUUGGACAGCGUGCAAAAAAUGCACUAUUUAAAAGGGUAUCUCUCUGGAGAGGCCGAGCAGCUACUAAGGUACGUUGCGAUCACAGCCUCAGCCUACCAGGAGUCCUGGGCCUUGCUAAAUAGUAGGUAUAACAACAAAAAAUACUUAGUGAACUGUCUAAUGAAGCGUUUUAUGAAUCAACCCAGUGUUGCAAAUGAAACCUCUAGUGCAAUUAAAGACAUGCUUGAUCUUGUAAAUGAAACAGUAAACGGUUUGAAGAACCUUGGUGUGCCGACAGACUCCUGGGAUGUUUUCAUAAUAUAUGUAGUUUGUUCAAGAUUGGAUCCGGAAUCACGUAAGGGUUGGGAGGUAAAAAUAAGUACUUCUGAUGAGCUACCAACCUUGAACGAACUACGGGAGUACUUAACAUCACGUUUUAGGUCUCUUGAGUUUUUAGACACCAAAUUCAAACCGAAACAAUCGAAAGUCAUGCACACCAUGUCAGACGGAAAUAAUGAAGCAAAUGUCAUUUGUGCUUACUGCGACCAAGGUGGGCACAAAAUUAGUAAUUGCCAGAAGUUUUGCAACACUGAUUAUCGCACUCGAAACGAGUUUGUUCAAACCAACGGUCUCUGUUUCAACUGUUUGGGUCGUAACCACUCUGUCAACAUCUGUCGAUCAUAUAACAAAUGUCGCAUCUGUAAACAUAAGCACCACUCCUUGCUUCACCCGACGACAGCUUCGGGGCCGCAAGCGAGUGGGUCCAAGUCACACAUUGCCGUGGAAGUCAAUUCAACAGGGGUCGAUGAAGUCGUCGACAAGAAUUCAUUUGAUAACCCUGCUACACCAUCAAAGGUAUCAACACAUUUUUCAAAGAAAAUUGCAUCUAAUCAGGUUCUGUUAGCAACCGCUCUUGUCAAUGUAAAAACAAGAUCUGGUCAGGUACACUUACUUAGAGCCUUGUUAGAUCAGGGUUCGCAGGCAUCAUUCAUAACAGAAUCAGCGGUCCAGUUACUUGGACUCAGGAAGAUGCCUACACGAAGUAGCAUAUCAGGAGUAGGCAGUGAGAAAAGCACUCUAUCCUCCAAGUACAUGGUGGAAACACAAAUUCAGUCUCGCCACGAUCCAGGUUUUCAAGUCCAGGUACGUGCGCAUGUUCUAAGUGCAAUUACCAGUUUACUUCCUUCUGACAAGGUAGGUAGGCUUGAUUGGCUUGAGUCAAUGGAAAUUCCAUUGGCCGAUCCUCAAUACCACACUCCAAACAAAAUUGAUAUUCUGCUUGGAGCCGACGUUUAUGGUCAAGUUCUAACGGCUGGACUAAUGAAGAGUCCUCGCGGUUCGCCAAUAGCACAAAACACUGCUUUAGGGUGGAUCUUAUCUGGGCCAACUCAUCAGGAGAGUGACGAUGACAAACAAGCUUCAAAACAUUGUUAUCACAAUGUUAUUAUCAGCAUGCAUUCUCAAGUUGACGACAAUGACAUGCUAAAGAAAUUCUGGGAGAUUGAGUCUGACACUUGUGAUACCAAAAUUCUUUCGCUGGAAGAACAGCUUUGUGAAGAGUUUUAUGAGAAAACUACUCAACGAGAUUCAACGGGUAGAUACAUUGUCAGACUGCCAUUUCGCAACGAUGAUCCCCAGUGCAAACAUGGAAGAUCCAGGGACAUCGCUCUUAGAAGAUUUCACUUGCUCGAACAACGAUUUAAGAAAAACCAAGAAUUUAAGGCCAGGUACUCCGCUGUCAUACAAGAAUAUUUAGACCUUGGACAUAUGGAACGUGUAGCUGAUGAUGAUCUCAACAACGAUUCAGCUUAUUUACCACAUCAUGCAGUCAUACGAGAAGAUAAAACGACAAGCAAGGUCAGAGUCGUAUUUGAUGGAUCAUGCAAAGGUGUAAACGGUGUAUCUCUUAACUCUGAAUUAAUGAUCGGUCCCAGAUUGCAACAAGAUCUACGCCACAUCGUCAUUAGAUGGCGAAUGCAUCCAAUCUGUCUGUGCGCAGAUAUCGUUAAAAUGUAUCGGCAAGUAAUCGUUGCAGACAAGGAUGCCGAUUACCAACGAAUUGUGUGGAGAGACGAUCCCGAUUCAGAAAUAAGAGACUACAAAUUAGUCAGAGUUACUUUCGGAACUGCGUCUGCCCCGUACUUAGCAGUGAAAACAGUACAACAACUUGCAACCGAUGAUGGCAGUCAAUUCCCGAUAGAAGUUGUGAAAGGAGCGAAAUCUGACUUCUAUGUGGAUGAUCUGUUAACUGGUUGUCAAACAGUAGAAGAAGGAACAAGGAUGUUCAAGGAAUACAGCAAGUUAUUGAGACAGGGGGGUUUUGAUCUUCAGAAGUGGGUAACAAACAAUAAAGAGUUAGCUGAAAUCAUGACGGGUAAACCGGAAAUUCAAGACAGAAAGGUUGAGAUAAGGACCGACGAAGUGGUUAAAAUCUUGGGGUUAGCGUGGAACAAGGACAUUGACGCAUUUGAAUACACCGUCCAGCUUCCCGACAAUACUGGUCCUGUGACUAAACGAAAGGUGAUUUCCAGCAUAUCUCGUCUCUUUGACCCUCUAGGAUGGGCAGCGCCUUGCAUUAUUGUUGCUAAGGUCACCAUCCAAAAAUUGUGGCUAGCAGGCAUAGAUUGGGAUGAGGAACUACCUGAAGAAUUGUUGAACGAAUGGUUAUCAUACCAAAGAAACUUGAUCGACAUUACGAAGUUAAUUAUCCCAAGGUGGGUUGGGGCUAGGAAUAACGACGUACAUAUGGAGUUGCAAGGCUUUUGUGAUGCGUCUAACAUAGCAUAUGCCGCUGUGGUAUACCUUAGGAUUAUAGACUCCGAUGGCAACAUCCAUAUCAAUCUUGUUACAGCCAAAACUAAGGUUGCUCCAACAAUGCAAGUUUCGAUUCCUCGACUUGAGUUGAUGGGAGCAGUUCUCUUGUCAAGAUUAAUUACUGAAGUGGGUCGCGUGUUGGGAAUCAACCAUGCCAACAUACACGGAUGGACAGAUUCUACUGUUGUAUUAGCUUGGCUAAGUAGUCACCCAAGUCGCUGGUCUACGUUCAUCGGGAACCGAACGUCUGAUAUCCUGUCCAGGUUAGAGAGUACACAAUGGUCUCAUGUACAAUCAGCUCAAAACCCAGCAGACAUAGCGUCCAGAGGAUGUUCACCUGGAGAACUUGCAGAGAAUCCCAUGUGGAUUCAAGGGCCAUCAUGGUUGAAAGAUCAGUCCAUCAAUUACCAGAGACCAAAAUCCAUUUCAACAAACUUAGAAGAAAGACAUAUCAAGGCUCAUGUAACUGUAGAUGAAACCAAAACAUUUUCUGAUACAUCCUUCUGGGAAAAAUAUUCAUCACUGCACAAACUAGUUCGCAUUGUUGCAGUAUGUAGGAGAUUUCUUGUGUACAAAAGAAGCCAUAAAUUUGGGUCUCACCUCACAAAGUCUGAAAUAAAUGAUGCAUUAGAUGUAUGCAUUAGGCAGUCUCAACUAAUAUGUGAUAUGGAAAAACUUAAAUCGUUAUGUCCAUUCCUUGAUGAUAAGGGUAUUAUGAGGGUUGGCGGCAGACUUCAAAAUGCAAGCCUUGACCAUGAUGCAAAGCAUCCAAUUAUUCUCCCUCAUAAGAGUCAUUUCACAAAUUUAGUGGUAGACGACGCACACAAGAGGACAUUGCACGGAGGACCCACUCUUAUGUUGAAUCAUUUACGCACAAAAUACUGGAUAGUAGCAGCCAAGAAACUUGUAAAAGCUCACGUUCAUAAUUGUGUCAAAUGUGUUCGACAUGCAGCAGCAACAAAGACUCAAUACAUGGGUCAGCUACCAGAAAGCAGAGUCACACCGUCUAGACCAUUUUUACACAGUGGAGUAGACUUUGCCGGACCCAUCAACGUUCGAAUGUCCAAGGGUCGGGGAAAUAAAUCCUACAAGGGCUAUAUAUGUGUCUUCAUAUGUAUGGCAACUAAGGCUAUACACUUAGAAGCAAUCAGCGAUUUAACAGCUGAAGGGUUUAUUGCUGGAUUUAAGAGACUAGUGGCUCGUCGCGGCCACGUCAGUGAUGUUUGGAGCGACAACGGUACUAACUUUGUUGGGGCAUCUAGGGAACUCCACAAGCUAGUCUCAGCUGAAAAUUCCUCAGUGGCAGUUGAGAUUCAAGAGUGGUUGAGUGAUAAUAGCGUCACAUGGCAUUUUAUUCCUCCCCAUGCACCAAAUUUUGGCGGGCUGUGGGAAGCAGGAGUGAAAUCGACUAAGUUUCAUUUAAGGCGAGUGAUAGGUGACUCAACUUUGACUUAUGAAGAAUUAGCUACUACUUUAGCUCAGAUAGAGGCGUGCCUAAAUUCUAGACCCCUUUCAAUAUUGUCUGAUGAUCACCAGGACCCCACACCGCUCACACCAGGCCACUUUUUAGUCGGUGAACCAUUGGUGAUUGUUCCUGAACGCAAUUAUGAGUUAUGUAACAUAGCAUCAUUGAAACGGUGGCAACUGACUCAAAGGAUGGUGCAAAAUUUUUGGCGCAGGUGGUCCAAUGAGUAUUUAGUGUAUUGCAUGCAAAGGUACAAAUGGUCCAAGGUCAUUCCCGAACCUAAACUUGGAGAUAUUGUUUUGAUUAAGGAAGAUAAUCUUCCUCCUGCUCGGUGGUUAUUAGGCAGAGUGGUUGCAAAACAUCCAGGAUCAGACCAGUUAACUCGUGUAGUAACCUUAAAAUGUAAUGGAUCUCUUAUUAAACGACCAACAUCAAAAUUAUGCAUACUACCGAUAGCAAGUUAAGUUAGGUAUCAUGCAUAGGUUUACUAGUUAUGUACAAUCAAUGAAGGUUAAGUUUAUGUUUUUAAUUUUGUUAAUUUUAAUGUUAUCACGUGGUUUAUUGAUGUAAACCGCCCUUGACCUCAUGGUGGGCGGUAAAUGGAAGAACGGCACCGCGUUCUUGGUGGGCGGAAUGUUUAGUUUUAAGUUCGUCAUAAUUAUAUAAUGUUAAUGUUUUAGUUCAUGUGUCAACAGAUGUCACUAUCCCUUACCGUACAUCGCGGUGUUAAGAUUUCUUUGGUUUUAAUGACUUUGUGCUUGAUACGAUUAAACGUUACUUCUGUCAGCAAA